AUGUCAAAUACCGACUCCGUCGUCCUCGUAUAUACACCAUCUUGUCAUGAGCAAGAAUUGCCUCCGCAAAGAUCCUCCCGGAUAAAAUUCAAUUUUUCAUUUAUGUUUACAAGACGAUUUCUUAUAAUACUUUUACUUGGACAAUUUCUUUCGCUUUGUAUAACCUCUACAAUUGUGACUACCGCAGAAUUAAAAAUUAAUCUCCCUACCACUCAAACCUUUUUGACGUAUUUUGUGCUAUUUAUCACUUGCACUCCAUUUACUAUUUCUAAAUAUGGAUUUGCAGGGUUUUUUAAAAUGGUUAAAAAUGAUUCUUGGAAAUCCUUUACGAAUGUUCAAGGAAAUUAUUUUAUUGUAAAAUCUUUCGAGUAUACUUCUACACUUUCUCUGAUGUUACUCGAUGCAUGGACAACUCCUAUGGUUGCAGUCUUCUCAAUAAUGUUUUUGAAAGUAAGAUACCGUUUCAAUCAAUAUUUGGGCAUUUUUAUUUGUAUCAUUGGUUCUGGUAUUGUAAUCUGGGGUGAUGUUGAUAUUGGUAAAAAUAUGUAUUUUGCUAAAGAUCCAAUAAAAGGCGAUUUAUUCGCUUUGAUCGGUGCAACUUGCUACGGUAUUUCGAAUGUAUUAGAAGAAUAUUGUGUGAAUAAAAAGCCAUUACAUGAGGUUCUUGGUCAAAUGGGAUUUUGGGGCACCUUUAUUACUGCCCUUAUAAUUGCAUACACUAUCGCAAUGCUUUUAUUAUACGUUGGAAUUUCGGUCUUUUUACGUCUUUCAUCCGCCUUAUUUUUCAAUUUAUCUUUACUCACUAGCGAUUUUUAUACUUUAAUAUUUAACUAUUUCAUAAUCAAAGAACCGAUGUCUCGAUUAUAUCCAAUAGCAUUCUGUGGUACAAUACUUGGACUUAUAAUAUAUUACAUUAGUCCUGAAGAUAAGCCUAUAAUUACUCAGGAAAAUAAUAAUGAGCCUAUUAAUGACACUAUUCUUAUAGAAUUAGAUCCGGAUAACAAGCUUGAUGUUUGA